AUGAGGGUCGCACCGCAUGACCCUUCCUUGACGAGCAGCGCGCCCCGCUACUCCCACGUCCUGCGGCUGGUUGGAGCAGGGUUGCUCGUCUUCCUUGGUGUCGUAGCUGUCGUCAAGGUGACGAACGGCAGUCAAGAUGCGGUCAACCUGUUGGCAUCGGCCGUCAAGGGAGAACCGAGCAAGGCAGAGAGUGAAGUGCAGCACAAGACCUCCCCCGGUUCAUCUCUGAAGAGCGCGAAGCCAGGAGCUGCGGCCCAGUCCAUGUCGACUCAGGUGGAGAAGCUGUCGCAGAAGAUCAAGACGAUCAAGUCGAAGAACCAGAAGCUGAGCCAAGUGCAGAUGGCUGACCUCUACCGUGAGAUCCAAGAGCUUGAGAAGCAGGAGAGGAGGCGAGUGGCUGCGAGGAAAGAGGCCAUUGAGAAGGCUCUCGAUGCGACGUCCAAGUGCGACGAUGCAGACUGGGGCUGCAAGAAGGCUCACGAGCAGCUGAAGUGGAAGGCAAGCAAGGACAAGUACGAACGAGCAGCCAUGACAGAAAUCGCGAAAGAGGAUCAUGCACGUGAAAACACAUCUGAGGAUAGCGAGACAGAGUUUGCAGCUGAUGAGAAGAAGGCAAGUGAACUGUCCAGUGUCAAGCCACUUCAGACCUUGCAGCAGCGAUCGCAACAGGCCGAGAGCGCUAGAUCAGCCAAGGAGAAGGCGAUGAUGAGCAUCUUGACCAAGGAGAGGCAUGAGCUGGAGAAGUUGGACCAGGAGGAAAAGAAGGAGAGGGAGUUGCAAGCCGCCAAGAAACAGAAGAUAGUCGAUCAGAAGAUGGAUAAACAACUUCAAGACGAUGUUCGUUCCACCAUCUACUCCUCGCGGUUGCAGCCGACGUUGCAAGAGGACGUGUUGGCACGCCGAUCGUCCAUCAACGACGCUGUCUCGAGCAACCGCAAGGACCUGGAGGAGGCUGAGGCGAUCGAGCAAGGGAGGAGGAAGGCGUUCGACGACCACGUGAAGCAGCUGAGAGACGAAGUUGAGAAGAGCCGCGAAGCUCGGGAGAAGGAGCUGAAGGGCAAGGGGAAGGAGUCACCCACAGCCAAGAUGUCGCAAUACGAUCGUGACGUCUUCAACGCCGAGCAGAGCGAGAGGGCGAAGGUGCAGCUGGAGCGGAGUGAGCGAGAGAAGACCCUCAAGAACCACGAGCUGCUGGCCAAGAGGGAGCAAGAGGUCGCCAACGAGAAGGUCUCGCAGGCGCUCAAGGAUGCGGACGACGCGACUGAGUUCAUCCCCAACGUGAAGAGGAUGAGGUCAGCGUCUGCUGCUCCUAGGUAG